CUGCAAUCCGGGCACAUUCCACCAGCAGCGGCAUCUGAGCCAGUCGUCUCCAAACUCCAACCUCUUCCUCGAGCCCUCACACCGACACGCAAGUCCAGAAGCCCCCACCGAACUCCAGCGUCUCGCCUCUGGAAUCCUACCAACUCGACUCCUCGCGCAAUCCCUUGCGGUGAGCAAAGUAAACGGCAUCGCCGACUACGUCGACCCUCAACGCCGCCUCCUCCCUCUGUGCCUCUUGAUCAUCCAUCGCUUGCCAACUCGACAGAAAACUCUGAUCCACUUGCUGGUUCUGCCGAUCAUCCCCUGUUGACGCUCCCACAGCUGCGUCAGGCCCGACACUCCGACCUCGCCCGCCAAAGCCCUCAAGCGGACCGUAUCGCGACCAAUAAUCAUCGCGUGUCUUUGCCCAAGUCAGUACGACACUCUUCUGACGGGAACGCGUUGCAGCCUCAGGCUGGCAAGUCUUCUGGCGACGCAUCACACACUGAGCAAGCAUUACCCGGAGUCAGGGCCGGAAGGAGAGUACAGCGCACCAACAAAUACAAUCAGGAUAUCAUCAUGGCUGCUGAGGCCAAAGAACUGGGUGGGUCCGGCCUUCCGGACUUGGAGAGCGGCCUGCGGGAUCUGCACCCACGAAACUCGACGGUAUCAGCAGGCGACGGCAUAGGGUCAAUGAUCUCAUCAAGCAACUCUUCAAUCAUGGGUGAAGAGGUUGAUCCCAAUGAAGAGGAGUGGGGGCCUGGACAUCCCUGUUUCCCUCACAUGAAUCCUCAUGUUCCCCUCGAAUCACCAGAGUACACAUCCACAAGGGUUAUCCGGAUCAAGCGAGACUGGAUGCUCAAAGGAGAUCUUGCCCCCACCUUUUCAAACCUAUAUCCCGAAAUUCUAGACCCCGCGGGGCUGUCAGAGCAGGAGUUCCGUCGGGUUAUUGACAAGGUGAAUGCAGAAGUUGCUCCAGCCUUUGAUCCAUACAAUCCGCGAAACCUACUAGAUGGCGUUUUGGGUGCUGCCACAGGAUGGCUGUGGGACGAUCUUGGCUUCACCGGCGCGAAAAGCCGACUCAAUAACCUGGAAAAAUGGAUCGAAAACUGGAAUCUGGAAAUGGAAAAAUCUAUGGGUGCAGAGGAUGCAGGAGCUUCUCCACGUAUCAUAUCACUGCGGAGGACAGGAUAUACAACUUUGGAUAUUCAGAUACCAGACCCUGAGAUAGCAGAAGCUCCAAGCACUAGUGCGGAUGACGCAUCGGCGGCUUUCUCGCCAGUCAUGGCUGCUGCAUAG